ACAAUUUCACGAGUCACACUUCAUCAGAGUCAUUUUCCACCCACGCCACACUAACUUUCGUUUUCGGUGUUUGUAAACAGAAACUCAGCUGCCCAGCUGAUCGACUUUCCGUCCUCUCUCUCUCUCUCUUCAUGGUCCACCCCUGCAGCCGUAUAUUUAAGGAGCAUCGGCUUCAGCGAGCAGGACAGGUGUGAUAGGUGUUUGAAGAUGGAUCUCUCCUCUGUGUUCGCGUCUUCCAUGCUGCUGCUGCUGCAGCUCUGCAUCCGCUCCCUGCAGCUCUGCAUCCGCUCCCUGCACUACUUUCUGGCCAGCUUAUAUUCCAAAAUUUGUGACUGGAGAGCCGGAGUCUGCAGGGCAACAAUCUCACCUCCGCCUACUCACAGCAAACUGGAGGAAAAUAAAGUCCAAGAUUCGACGACUCCAACAAGCGUUAACUAUCAUUUCACACGCAAGUGUAACUACAAAUGCGGAUUUUGCUUCCACACUGCGAAAACAUCGUUUGUCCUGCCUCUGGAUGAAGCCAAGAGGGGCCUCUCACUUUUGAAGGAUGCUGGCAUGGAGAAGAUCAACUUCUCCGGGGGAGAGCCAUUCUUGCAUGAUAAAGGAGAUUUUCUUGGGAAAUUAGUUCAGUUUUGUAGACUGGAACUUCAACUCCCAAGUAUCAGCAUCGUCAGCAACGGAAGCAUGAUUAAAGAAAGUUGGUUCCAGAAAUAUGGUGACUAUCUGGACAUCCUGGCCAUCUCUUGUGACAGUUUCAAUGAGGAAACCAACCAGCUGAUCGGCAGAGCUCAGGGCAAAAAGAGCCACCUGGACAACCUUUAUAAGAUCUGCAGCUGGUGCCAGCAGUACAAGGUGGCGUUCAAGAUCAACUCUGUUAUCAACACAUUCAACGUGGAUGAAGACAUGACGGAGUCCAUCACGUGGCUUAACCCAGUGCGCUGGAAGGUGUUCCAGUGUUUGUUGAUUGAAGGGGAAAAUGCAGGAGAGGAGGCCCUGAGAGAGGCAGAGAGGUUUGUCAUCAGUGAAGAGCAGUUCCAGGAGUUUCUGGAUAGACACAGCAGUGUCUCCUGCCUGGUUCCAGAGUCCAACGAGAAGAUGAGGAAUUCCUACCUGAUCCUGGAUGAAUAUAUGCGAUUCCUGGACUGUCGAGAGGGAAGGAAGGACCCAUCCAAGUCCAUCCUUGAUGUCGGUGUGAAGGAGGCCAUAUGCUUCAGCGGCUUUGAUGAAAAGAUGUUUCUGAAGAGAGGAGGGAAAUAUGUGUGGAGCAAAGCCGACAUGAAGCUGGAGUGGUGAAGAUCUGCAGCAAUGACAACUUUUUUAUUAGUCGUAGCACUAAUCUUUUGGACAGUAUUAUUAUUAUUCGUUUGUAUUUCUUUACAGAACUUCAUGUCCUUCAUAUGGUUUGAUAAAAAAAACUGUGAAUAUGUGAAAUUCUAUGAUAGAAGCUUGCACAAAAAAAAGCUUGCAAUUUUUUGUAAUAUGUGAAAAAAAAAUAUAUAUUGAUGUUUCCUUGCAUUGCAUGCACUUGUAUUAGCAAAUGUAACAGAACAAUAAAGUUUAUUUUUCAUUAUAACA